AUGGCGCGCUACCACCGCACAAGAGAGCCCCUGGCUGGGCAAAAACGGUCGCAUACAGCCUGGAGUGAGGAGACUGACUAAGAGGAGGUAGAUUAUGCCUCCUACGAUGAGGCCAGCUCAAAGGAGGUAGUACCCCCCUGCCGUAGCGACCCGUCCUGGGGUUACUUCUCCCAUUCAGGGUGCUGCCGUACAGAGGGCAAGUGAUGGUGCAGCACUUCUGGAUCCUCAGGGUAACCGGAGCGAUAGGCUGGGUCCAACGGGCUAUUUGCCUGCUAGGCAACGCAAAUAUGGCCAUGUCGGCCGAACGCCGCAAGGUAAUACUCCUUUAGAUUGAUCCCAACUGGCUAGUAUGGCCAUAUCAGUGUCAGGUCCCUCAGCUGAGGGGAUGUUGUUCGGGGACAACUUUAUCAGUGACCUGGGGUCAUAUGUUAAGACUUUCAUUGCCAUGGCCAAGUUCAGGCGAACAUAAAAGGGUUUUUUCUCCCUGAAGGUUUUACAACAGAUGCUUGGGUUCUCCAAGCGUCUCGGGGUUACCGUUUAGAACUUGUACCCAUACCUGUCCAGGAAUUUGCCCCCAGGGAAUCGUGCCUGUCUCAGGAACAGGAAUUAUCAAUCUCCACGGAGAUCAAGGACCUAUUCGACAAGGGAGUGAUCCAAGAGUUGCCGUUCGCCUAUCCGGGUUUUCCGAGCAACCUCUUCUUGGUACCAAAGACAGGAGACAGAGUACGUCCCGUUAUCAACCUCCGGCCUCUCAAUGCUUUCCUAUGA